AUGGAGCCUCGCGGUACCAAAGAGACGGACCAUAAGCACGACGACAGUUAUACUCGGCCUCCACGCGUCAGCUUCGGUUUUGAGCUAGAAUUCCUGGUGGCUGUAAACCCAAGGGAAGUUGAAGCAGAUGACAGCAUUCCUGGCCUUGCGCCAGCCACGGGCCAUCAUGAUGGCGUAACAGCAGUUCUAGAACUGCUACGAGAUCAUGAAUUCUGUGCAAGGACGGUACAAGAGGAUUCCGUCGCAAAUAAAAGUGAAACGAAGGAAUAUCCAUGGAUCGUCACGACAGACGGUUCAGUGUCAGAGUCUGGAACAGAGUGGAAGAAGGAGGCUUAUGCAUGGGAUGCGGUGGAGAUAGCAAGCCCACCGAUGUAUGCUUGUGAUGAGGCAUACCGGCUCGUGUCAGUUGUUGUUAGACUUUUGACUAACAACUUACGUCUUCGGGUCAAUACCUCGUGUGGCUUCCACGUUCAUGUCGGCAAUGGGCCCCAUCAGAUGGACAUGCAUGCAUCGAGAAACUACGCGGCCCUCCAGUGGGCAUCCGACCCGGUGCUAUCUACUCUCCAUUCCCCGGCGCGAAGUUUUGCUCGUUACUCAAAGUCUAUCCGGCGCUUUACUGGUGUUGACUUGAGUGGCAACGUGACUGCCGACGUGGCACGGCGAGAGGCCAAGGGGCUGAAUUUCAUACCUCGAUACAUUUCACGGGCGAGGAAGCUCGGAGAAGAUCCUGUUGCUUCUAACGUGGUACUGAUCGAACGUCUUCGCGAAGCCCGCGAGAAGGAAGACGGUGGAACAAUCCUGGAUCCUGAGUGCGAAAGUGAUGGUUCCGACUACGAGUGCGAAGACGGCAGACCUUUCGAUCGACCAAGGAAGGCCAAAGGGGUUGGGCGAGAAGCUCGUUAUAUGCCCUACGUCAGAGAGUUUAUCAACGAGGACAAGGCUAGACGUUUAGAUGAUGAGUCCAACUGUGCCCGCCGUGAUCUACCUCCACAGCUCGAUUUUCCAGCCUCCCAGUGCAUCGCUUCUUGUGGGUCAUCUGAAGGCGUGCCUUUGCUAGACGAGCAACGGAAGAGAAUGAAGGCUGUAUCUAGGCAAGCGGACAUCCCAUCACCGGUUUAUGAAAUGGACCACGACAAAGGUGAUGACGAUGAUGACUCACUGAAAGCAUCAAAGAUUGCUUGGAGAGGAGUCACCGAGCUUCUGGCCUGCGACGUGGGCGUGCAUCAGGUCGCACAUCUCAUGUGUGACAAUACUACUUUUGAGAAAUAUUACAGUUACAACUGGAAAGGCCAGUUGAGGGAUGAGAUAGCGCCCAUGGUCGGAAAGGAGACUCACGGCACUGUCGAGUCUCGGCUCGCACCCGGCAGCCUCGAUGCCGAAUGGAUCGUCACUUGGAUCAAGAUACAGUGUCGUAUGCUCGAGUGGGCACGGGACGCGGACCCUUCACAGCUGAUGCGUGUCAUUGGCAAACUCUCCCAGGACGAUGUAUCUCGCGAGUCCACAUACGACGUCUUGGACUUCCUUAGGGAGCUCGGUAUGUAUACCGAGCUCAAGCACUGUCAAGAACGUCUGCUCAGAGCUGAGGAGGCAUGGUUCGAGUGCACGAUGCUGUAA